CCAUAAAAUCACAACCCUUAAAGUGACUUCUCAGGUGAAAGCGGGAUCCUGGCAUUGAUUUUGAUCGAUUGAAAAAGGGCAGCUAUGUCAUUUUGAAGAAGACCAAACCAGAUCUUCCUAUUCCAAUUGGCAAAAUUUAAGAUGGAGGAGUGAGGCUUAGAGAUGGUGAAGGAAGCUACGAGGAAGUGUUCUCAUUGUGGACAAAAUGGCCACAACUCCAGGACUUGCAAUGGGAAGGUAGGUGUAAAGUUGUUUGGGGUUCGUAUUUUGGAGAAACAGGAACGACCCAUGAAGAAAAGCGCCAGUUUAGGCAAUCUUGACUCUUUAGUCAACAAUAGUACAGUGCAUCAUCAUGUGGAUGAUGGUUCUUUCUCUGAUGGAUAUGUCAGUUCCAAGAGAGGCAAAGCAAUCCAGGAAAGGAAAAGGGGGAAGCCCUGGACUGAGGAGGAACAUCAGACCUUCUUAGCUGGCUUGGAGAAGCUCGGGAAAGGUGAUUGGAGAGGCAUUUCAAAGAAUUUUGUGACCACUAGGACCCCAACCCAGGUCGCUAGUCAUGCUCAAAAGUUUUUUCUGAGAAAGGCUUCAACUGAUAAGAAGAAGCGUGGAUCAAGUCUCUUUGAUAUGAAACUCAAAGAAUCUGUUCUAGCAUCCCAGGAGCCCCCAAAUUUGCCUUCUAACACUUCAUCAGAGGUAGAUCCACAGGCAUUAAAACAGACUGGUUCCUCUUCAGCCUCACCAAUGAAGAAGGAUAUUGAAAUCCCAUCACGUCAAGGAUACCCUAGCAACGGGCAGAGCUUCGUGGGUGUUAAAACCAUGCCAACUUCACCUCUCGUCCAGAUUAUGAAAUACAAUUAUGCAAGGCUAGGCUACCCUUAUACGCUGAAGAGCCCUGGAAGCUUUGCUAGUUGUGCACUCCUUACCAACAACCCUUCUGGUAUUCCUACGCCAAGAUCAUUACCGGUCAGCUUUUCGCAAGAAGGUCCAUCAACUGAAAAUGUAGACCCUCCGGAGCUGGACCUUAAAAUUGGACCACCACCUCAAUCUCCAAAAGCAGCAAGUUUGUCACCCCGGGCAUCCGGUCCCAUUAGUGUGAUAUGAGAAAUUUUAGUUUUUGUUUCAGAAGUACAGCUUAGAAUAUAAUAUGCAUAACUCAGUUACUUCCCAUAAGUAAAACUUUUUUUUUUGCAACC